UACUGAGCCGAAGAGAUUGAAAGAAACUAUUCAUCCUUUUCAUUUUUUUUCCUCUCUGUGGGCGAUCAAGCCCUCUUCUUUACUUAUUUCAUUUUCUCUCCAGAGAUCUGUUCACUAUUUUCCUGCUUAUUUUCUCGAGAAAAUAUCUAAGGCUCAGAAGGAAUGAAGCGAAUAAGAGACGAUGUUUACGUUAGUGCUCAAUUUAAACGUCCUUUUGGUUCUUCGCGUGGGGACUCCUAUGGACAGUCCUCAGUCUCAGGACCAGGAGAAGAGGGAGGGGGAGGGGGAGGGGGGGGAGGAGGGGGAGGGGGAGGUGGAGGGGUAGUUGGUGUUGGUGUUGGUGUUGAUGUUGGUGGUGGUGGCGGUGGUGGUGGCGGUGGUGGCAGCAGCGGCGGUGUUGGUGGUGGAGGGGGUGCGGCAGGAGUUGCUUCUCAAAAACUGACAACUAAUGAUGCCUUGACUUAUCUCAAAGAAGUGAAGGACAUGUUUCAAGACCAAAAGGAGAAAUAUGACAAGUUUCUUGAGGUCAUGAAAGAUUUCAAGGCUCAAAGAACUGACACUACAGGUGUCAUUGGAAGAGUGAAGGAGUUAUUUAAAGGGCAUAGCAACCUAAUUUUGGGAUUUAAUACCUUCUUGCCAAAAGGUUACGAGAUAACUAUUGAUGAGGAUGAUGCUCCACCAAAAAAGAUAGUUGAAUUUGAUGAGGCUAUUAGUUUUGUAAACAAGAUAAAGAAGCGUUUUCAAAAUGAUGAACAUGUGUAUAAGUCAUUUCUAGACAUACUGAAUAUGUAUAGAAAAGAGCACAAGGACAUUAAUGCAGUUUAUGAUGAGGUUGCAGCUUUAUUUCAUAAGCAUUCAGAUUUACUCGAGGAAUUCACUAGAUUUUUACCAGAUACUUCUGCAACACCUACACAACAACUUCCUUUUGGCCGAAAUUCACUUCCACGUUUCAAUGAACGGAGCUCUGCGACACCUGCCUUACGUCAAGUGCAUAUGGAGAAGCAACGUCGACGAGAUAGGCUUAUUGCUCCCCAUGCAGAUCGCGAUCUUAGUGUUGAUCGUCCUGAGCUGGAUGAUGAUAAAGCCCUAAAAAUGCACAAGGAGCAAAGGAGGCGUGUUGAAAAGGAGAGUAGGGACAGGAGAAAUCGUGAUCAUGAUGACAGGGAACCUGAGACCAAUAGCAAUAGGGAUUUCAGUUACCAGCGACUCCCUGACAAAAAGAAAUCUGCAAGGAAGGUUGAAGGAUUUGGAGCAAACGCUAAUAUUGCUGCUUAUGAUGAUAAAGACUCCUUGAAGAGUGUAUACAACCAGGGAUUUGUUUUUUGCGAGAAAGUUAAAGAAAGGUUAUGCAGUCAAGAUGACUACCAAGCAUUCUUGAAGUGCCUUCAUAUUUAUAGCAAUGGAAUAAUUAAACGGAGUGACUUGCAAAAUCUGGUUACUGAUUUAUUGGGAAAAUUUCCGGAUCUUAUGGAGGAGUUUACUGAUUUCUUAGAGCGUUGCGAGAAUAUUGAUGGGUUUCUUGCGGGUGUUAUGAAUAGAAAAUCACUGUGUACUGAUGGUCAUGCAACCAGACCAUUGAAGGUAGAGGACAAAGAAAAAGAGCAAAAGCGUGACACGGAAGCAAGUAAAGAGAAGGAAAGAUGCAGGGAAAAAUAUUUGGCAAAAUCUAUUCAGGAGCUUGACCUCUCUAGUUGCCGACGAUGUACUCCUAGUUAUCGUUUCUUGCCAGAUGAUUAUCCAAUACCUACAGUAAGUCAGAGAUCAGAUCUUGGUGCUCAAGUUUUGAAUGACCAUUGGGUGUCUGUGACUUCAGGAAGUGAGGAUUAUUCUUUUAAACACAUGCGUAGAAAUCAAUAUGAAGAAAGUUUGUUCAGAUGCGAAGAUGAUAGGUUUGAACUGGAUAUGCUGUUAGAGUCUGUGACUUCAACUGCCAAGCGAGCAGAGGAACUAUUGAACAACAUUAAUGACAAUAAAACCAAUUUGGAAUCUCCAAUCAACAUUGAAGAUCACUUUACUGCUCUAAAUUUAAGGUGCAUUGAACGUUUAUAUGGCGACCACGGUCUUGAUGUAUUGGACAUAUUACGUAAAAAUACGGCACUGGCGUUGCCUGUCAUAUUAACACGUUUGAAGCAAAAGCAAGACGAGUGGACAAAGUGUCGUGCCGAUUUUAACAAGGUUUGGGCUGACAUUUAUGCUAAAAACCACUACAAAUCACUUGACCACCGCAGCUUCUAUUUUAAGCAACAAGAUUCGAAAAAUUUGAGCUGUAAAUCUUUGGUAGCUGAAAUCAAGGAAGUAAAAGAUAACAAACAUAAAGAGGAUGAAUUUCUUCUUACAGUUGCUGCUGGAGGUAGACAAUUUAUAGGUCCACAUCUAGAGUAUGAAUACUUGGAUGUCAAUAUUCACGAGGAUUUGUAUAAACUUGUUGAGUAUUCCUGUGAAGAAAUAUGCUCAACGAAAGAACAGUUAAAUAAAGUUAUGAAACUAUACACUACCUUCUUGGAGCCACUGUUGGGGAUUCCUUCUCAUGUUCACUCAUCAAAGGACGCUGAAGAUGUUAAUGAACUUGAUAAUCAUGUUGCAAAUUGUGGUGCAUCAAGCAUAGGAGAGAGUGAUGGAAGUCCUAUUGGUGAGCAACCAAAAUCUGUUUGUUCUGAAGACUGCAAUACUUUAACAGAAGUACUGAGUGUUCGUGGAAUUGGGUUAUCAACUGGGGAUACUUUAAAUAAAGAAGAUAGUUCUCGUGAUAUGGGUUGUGAUUCCAAAGAUGAACGAAUCUCCGAUAGCGUUCAAUUCGACAAAGACAAGAAAAAUGUGGAUGUGACUGAUAAAAUGUGUGGACUGAUGAAACAUGUGACCUCUGUUGACCGUGAUGCCAAUUUGAAUGCAUUGUUAAUGAAUGGAGCAGAAAAUGGUCAUGGAAGAAUCAGCUUGGAGGCAGCAUCAGGUUGUGCAAAUCUGUCCAAUGCUGAUGAAAGUGUAGAUGCUGUACCUUCAUCACAGGAGGGUGAUGUUGCAAAACCUUCAUCUUUGACAAAAUGUGCUCUUGGAGAAAGUGCUAAAAUCAGCACUUCUCGUGAAGAUUCUGUUGAGGCCUCCAAAAUUGAAAAAGAGGAAGGUGAGUUGUCACCUAAUGGUGAUUUUGAGGAGGACAACUUUGUAGUCCCUCAAGAUGAUGCAGCUCAUUCUAUGGCUAAGACAAAAAAUGCUGAUGGAAGUAGGCAGUAUCGAUCUGGAAAUGGUGAAGAGUCAUGUGGUCAAGAUGCUGGAGUAGAGCAUGAUGCAGAUGCUGAUGAUGAAAACAGUGAAAAUGUUUCUGAGGCUGGUGAAGAUGUCUCAGGUAGUGAGUCUGCAGGUGAUGAGUGCUCCAGGGAAGGUCAUGGAGAGGAGGAAGAUGUUGAGCAUGAGGGGGUUGAUGGUAAGGGUGGGAGUGAAGGAGAGGCUGAAGGUACAAGUGAUGGACACUUAGUUGGAGGAGACUGCUCAUCAUUACCAUUAUCAGAGCGAUUUCUUUUGUCAGUUAAACCUCUUGCAAAGCAUGUACCAGUGACUUCAGUUGAGGAAAAGAAAGGGGAUUAUGUUUUCUAUGGAAAUGAUGAUUUCUACGUCCUUUUCAGGCUACACCAAAUUCUAUAUGAAAGGAUUCUCUCAGCAAAAAUUAAUUCAACAGGCGGAGAAAUGAAAUGGAGAUCUUCAAAGGACGUGAGUUCUCUGGAUUUGUAUGGAAGAUUUAUGACUGGGCUUUACAAUUUACUUGAUGGGUCUUCUGAUAAUGCAAAGUUUGAGGAUGAAUGUCGAGCUAUACUUGGAAACCAAUCAUAUGUGCUGUUUACAUUGGACAAAUUGAUAUAUAAGUUAGUCAAACAGCUUCAAACUGUGGCAACUGAUGAGAUGGACAACAAGCUUCUUCAAUUAUACGAGUAUGAAAAAUCUAGGAAAGCUGGAUCCUUGAUCGACACUGUGUAUUUUGAAAAUGCACGCGUACUUCUGCACGAGGAAAAUAUUUAUAGAUUGGAAUAUUCCUCUGCCCCCUCUCGCUUUUUCAUCCAGCUGAUGGACAACAUGAGUGAGAAGCCUGAGGUCUUUGCAGUUUCAAUGGAUCCAAAUUUUGCAGAUUACCUUUAUAAUGAAUUUUUGUCAAUCUUUCCUGAAGAAAAGGAUCAAGAUGGCAUUGCCCUGCGGAGAAACAAGCGUAAAUAUACAGUUUUAGAUGAAUCUUCAGCCAUCGCCCAGGCUAUGGAAGGUGUUCAAGUAGUCAAUGGUUUGGAGUGUAAGAUAGCUUGCAAUUCAUCCAAGAUUUCCUACGUACUGGACACAGAAGAUUUCUUUUUCCGAUCAAAGAGGAAGGGGACUAAAUCGUUGGGAAGCAAAUCUUCAUCUGAAGAUCAACGAGUACAGCGGUUUCGUAAAUUCAUAUCAUCCUCGCAUAAACAUUCAUAUUUCUUAGACUACAAUGAUCAAGGUAGACAGAUACAGACUCGAGAUGCAUCACCAUGCUAGAGUAGAGACGUCAUAACGCAUGCCUUCUCUUCUAUGAGAAAACUCAUUAAGGGUUGCCUCUGGUGAUCAAAUCUUGUAUUCUGACAAACUGUAGAAAAGGAUAUUUGACUUGGAAUUUUUUUAGUGUGUAACUUCUUAGGCCCUGUAAAUGGCCUUUUAAGCUAUUGUUUUGUACAUAGGGAUGAUCUGUAUGAUAUUUUUGUAGAAAGGUUUUUAAUUUAAUUUUUAAUUUUUCA